UCUGGCUGUGGGAAGGUGGUCCCGGUCGAAAAACACCGUCCAGAAAAGCAACGGACUGGAAUACUUUAAAUUUUUUGUAUAGUCCCUUCACACUUUAAAAUACCUUCAAAACAAACUAUGAAACUCUGGAAUUGACACAAAAUGUUGCUAACAAAGGAAGUGAUGGACUUUACUUGUUUAUCCUCGGGAAUAACGUUUGGAAACUACGCGGUGAAAAUGGAGAGCUCAGCUGAGUGAGAGUGGGGUGAGGAGGAUGGAUUUGGCAAAGUUGGGAGUCCUGCCCUGCUGCUAGCAAGCUAGUUAGCACACACAGUUAGACACUUCGCUAUCUCGGAAAAGUUAUGAGAGCUUCCAUCUGCUGUUAUCCAGCCUGUGAUUGUCCAGGGGAGCUGCUUUAUCUGUGUCAAGACCGCUGCUGACACUGGAGCUUCUCCCAAUGGAUCAAAGCAUAGUUGAUGAUCUUAUUUUCUGUGGAAACUCUGCAUGAAUCCUGAAGAUGACAUUGUAUUUCUCCUAAAGGCAACCCCACUUAAACUUGUUUUAAAGAGGCUCGAUGCCUUCGGCACAAGACUCCCUCCGUUCCCCUGAUCAGUCAUUUUUGUGCAGUGAGCAUUCAUUCUAACUCUGCUCAUGCAAUUUUCUCCACAACAUUCAACAUUUUACACCAUCUGAGAUGGGGCUCUGCUAGCUUCUUAAAGGGGCUUGAGGUACCCCCUGGCUACCAAUGGUGCUGCUGUGUGUGUACAAGACCCAUCGGUGCAGGUUUAUAAAAGAAUAUUGUUAGAAAAAGAUAUCCAAUGAUAAAGAACUUGCUAGAGGUGUCGAGACCCACAACGUGCUUACCAAAAUGCAUUCAUGAACUUUUCGACUUUUAUACCAGACUUAAGUGGAUGUAUUGGUUGAAUUAGUGAACUGUGACUGCUGAUGCCAGCUCAUUGGGACUUGAGUGGGUAAAAUCAGCUUUAUUCAUGUACCCUCUGUCUCAGUCUGGGUAUAGCCUGGAUGUUGGAUGCCCUGAGUGUGUUGAAUCAACUGUUGCGGUGAUGAGGCAGGGCUCCUGGUGGCCUGUGUGGCUGGCUGGGCAGUGGCCCAAGGUGAUGUGAUGGGGUGCAGGAACAGUAAGGUCCUCCCUGAGCCUCCAGGGGAUGUUCAGUUGGACCUGGUCAAAAAGGUUGAUCCUCCCCAACCCCCUCAGACAGAUAUUUUUAAGCACUUCAUACGAGGGGAUGGCGCUGGAAGCAAGAUGGGUGGGGCUGGAGGAGGGGGUGGGGACAAGGCUGACUCCACCUGCCCAUAUCUGGCGCAGGCACAUGCUGCCACCCCCACCGCUUCCGCCCAGCCACCAAAGAACCCAUCUGAACUGUCGGACCCUCAGCGGAAGAAGGUGGCAAAAUAUCGAGCCAAGUUUGAUCCCCGGGUCACAGCCAAGUAUGACAUCAAAGCUCUGAUAGGGCGAGGGAGUUUUAGCCGGGUUGUACGUGUGGAACACAAGAGCACGCGGCAGCCGUACGCUAUUAAGAUGAUCGAGACCCGUUAUCGGGAGGGGAGGGAGGUGUGUGAAUCAGAGCUGUGUGUUCUCCGACGCGUUCGUCAUACCAAUAUAAUCCAGCUGAUGGAGGUCUUUGAGACAGCAGAACGUGUCUACAUGGUGAUGGAGCUUGCCACUGGAGGAGAGCUCUUUGACAGGAUCAUUGCUCGUGGCUCCUUCACAGAGCGAGACGCCACCCGAGUGCUGCAGAUGGUGCUGGAUGGUGUCAAGUAUCUUCACACUUUAGGGAUCACUCACCGAGAUCUGAAGCCGGAGAACCUACUCUACUACCACCCUGGGGCUGAUUCCAAGAUCAUCAUCACUGACUUUGGUUUGGCCAGCAGCCGGAAGAAGGGAGACGAGUGUCUGAUGAAGACCACCUGCGGCACACCAGAGUACAUUGCGCCUGAGAUUCUGGUGAGGAAGCCCUAUACAAACGCAGUGGACAUGUGGGCGCUAGGGGUAAUAUCGUAUAUCCUGCUGAGUGGAACUAUGCCCUUUGAGGACGACAAUCGCAUGAGGCUCUACCGUCAGAUCCUCAAGGGGAAGUACAGCUUCUCUGGAGAGCCGUGGCCCAGUGUGUCCAACUUGGCAAAAGACUUUGUGGAACGAAUUCUAACAGUGGACCCCAGUGAGCGGCUCACAGCUGGCCAGGCCCUCAAGCACCCCUGGAUCGUCAGCAUGGCCGCAUCCUCAUCCAUGAAGAACCUACAGCGCUGUAUAUCUCAGAACCUACUGAAGCGAGCCUCUUCACGCUGCCACAGCACCAAGUCAGCCCAGUCCACGCGGUCCAGCCGCUCUACCAAAUCCAACAAAGCUCGGCGGGUGCGAGAGAAGGAGCUGCGUGAGCUGAACCGUCGCUACCAGCAGCAGUACAAUGGAUGAAACAGGGACCGUGACAGCCAAUGACUCUAGUGGACCUUAUACUUAAAGGGAAACAGCACUACAAUGACUGAACUAUUACAAUGACUACCACCAUUCUAAAUUGCUACCAGUGCUAAAGGCCAUAACGGCUUAAAGUCCCAAAUCAUUGCCUUAAAAAAAGAGGGCAAUAACUCAGUGGCUACAAGCAAAAGUAAAAGGUUAAAAGUAACUGCUGUCAGUUUAGACUAUAGAACAAGCCAAAAAUGAUCCCUGAUCCAGAAAGACAGUGAAAUCAGUUAAUUCAUAUGGCAUUGUGUCUGAAGAGAACACAAAAGGACAAACCGGUAUAGUAUUGGACUGCAAUGGUUAGAUCAUCUCUUAAUCCAUUCCUUCAACCUUUUCUUUGGCAGGAUGGUGCCUUACACUCUUUUUGUUUUGUCUUUCAGUUCCUGUGUCUCUACAUAUUUAUUUAUUAUUGUUGACAUGAUUAUUAGUCUCCGUUCAAAUGGUCACUGGAUAAUGACCUUCCAUGAGGAUCUGUUGAACAGAGUUCUGGGUACUGACGUUUCUAGGAAGAAGGGGAGACUUUUAGAAGUGGGGAUGCAAAAUUCCCCUCACACAUUCCUAAUUGAAAAUUGCUGUGAAUUUAUUAUUGUACUAACUGUACAGACCUUGUCUUAAAAUAUGGGUGUUGGAAACACUGCAACAUAACCACACUCUUGAAGGCCAAAAUGAAGGAAUAUUUUAAUUAGUCAAUUCUAAGCUUAUCUAAUCUUGCCAUUAUUGCUCUGUUAAUAUCAUUGUUCUAAAGCUGUCAAAAGAUUGUGAAGCUGUUUCCUCUCAGUGUUUAAUCUUAAAUGUUUUGUAUUAGAUAAUAGGCCACACAGCCCUACUCCCACUUAUUUUACUUCACUCAAAAAGUAUUGGCUAUCACCCUGUCCUGUUGUAUAGCAGUAUUCCAAUGAUUCAUUAGACUUCAUAAUGGUAUGUGGCCAUUUGGAGUGUUCAGUGGUCUUGCAGUUUACUUCUUGGUUACAGUGAGAAUGGCACAUGUUGUUAGAGCAGAAGUAAAGGCAAAAAUCUUAGUUAUAAAAAGCUACUGCUGUCAGUUGUAAGUUCAAAAAUAGCCUAGUUAUAAUGUAAGCGUAUACUUAGUGGAGAUUUACGCAUUAUUAAAUUGAAAUGGGUUGAACUGCACAAACUAGUUCUUAGAUAGAGAUUAGCUGUUCUUAAAUAUUUACGCACAGUAACUGCCAGGUGUAACUAUAACGCACUGUUAGCUAACUUAACUAGUUAACUGACAGAAAUAAUGUUAGCUUGCUAACAUAUGACAUGAUUCGUUUUAAGAUUGAAAGAGUUAAAUUUAAUAUGGUUGACAUAUGGCUGAACACUUCGUCUUAAUGCUGUUUAAUAAUGACUGGAAAGAUUUGAAAUUUAGAAAACUACACAAUAAAUAUUUGCCACCACCAACUUCCAAGUGGAACUGUUGCGUAGCUAACCAACUGAAUUAAUUGACAAAACUAACCACUUGAUGGAAGAGUAAAAUGGAUAAUAAUGAUUAAUGACUAAUGAAUCUGAUCGACAAAUCUGACCCUAAAUUCUGUUUAAUAAUCGUGUUAACUGGGGAGAAUUUAAAUUACAUUUCACAAAAAUAACAUUUCAUUACAAAAUGUUGUGGCAAAACAAUAGACUAGGUGACUUAAUAGUGUUAUUAGGUUAGUAAUUCAGACCUUUCCCACUCAAAACUGCAUGAAUACUACUAACCCUGAAAUAAUUUUCUCAAUGUAUGCAUAUAUAAAUAAGACAAAGGUAUACCUACAUUUACAAAAGAUUGUUUGUUAAGUUUAAGGUACUGUUUGAGCCCUUAAACUGGGUUUUGUUUUGUUUUGUUUUUUUCAAUUUGUUUCUUGUUUUUUUUGGAAGUUAUGUUAGCACUUGUGAUGCUAGUUACUUUCCUAGCAAUUGGCUUACACAUUAUUAAUGUCUUCGUUUAAAUGGUGCAACCCUAUCACCAGUUUGGAACUAUCUAGUAGUUACUAAACAUUUAAGACUUAAAUGAGAAAUUUAUUCAUGGAUAUAAGAAAAGUUGGUGCAACCCAAUCCUGAAAACCUGCCAUCUUUUCUACCAAGCCUCUGUUCCCACCUGUGUCAGCCAUUGGCAUGUUGUCAAAGUAAUUGUAAAAUUGGAAUUUUUCUCAGUUAAAAUGACAUGGUGUUAAAACUUUACUGGCCUGUGUAAUGGGUAGUAGAUACCCAUGUAGCACAGAAUAUAAAGGGAAAACCCCAGGAACAGAAAGAUUUUCAGAAAGAUUAACCCAUGAAGACUUAGAAGCUUUUGGAAAACAGGCUACCAAGGAACAGAGGGGACUUCGGUUUUCAAUAGUUUUACACAGCCUGGGGAUCAGGCAUAGCUCAUUUUCUUCUGCUCUCAUUGGUUGCAUAGUACAGUGACUUUACGCUAGGGAGGUUGUGCCUGAAUCAUCCUAAAUUUCAAUACUAUAAUCGAGAUCCAAAUGAAAAAAAAACUCUGAAAAUAAUGAAGAGCAUGCAUAGGUGAAUCAAAUGGCCAUUAAUACAUAUAUGUUGAAAACAUAAUUUACAAAACCUAUCAAAUGCAUUUAUACAGUGUUAUGCAUAAGACUGUCCAAACCAAACAAAAAUAAGAUUGUUUGUUUGGAAAGAUCAAUUUUCUAAGUGCACUUAAUUCAGAAUCAAUUCCAAAGUCUUGCUUAGAGAAGAACUCUACUUGAUCGAAUCCCCAAUAUCGAGAUGGAGAAAUAGGAGUUUAUAAUAAUACUUUUUUUGUUCUGAGCUCUCUCAGUUCUGCCUUUUUGAGUCUGAAUCAUAACCAGUGCACUAUCUAUCGUGUGGAUAGUCAGCAUCCUUACAUGAGGUAAUGUGCAGUGGUCUGCAGUGGUACUCAGAGCUGUUGUCAUAAUAACAGCAUUCUGAGAUGAGGCGAGAUUAGGAAUUUUAGUAAUAUUGUGGUACAGUUUAAAUGGUAAAAGGCUGCAUUAUAGUAACGUGAAUGUUAUGAAUUUUCUAAACAGUUUGAGCAGAGUGAAAUGAACAAUAGAUGUGACUACAUGUUGGGUUAGGAAUUGAUUACAAAUGAUUUUCAGAGAUUUCUUGAAUUUAAUUAUCUUUAUUCCAAAAUUGGUCAAAAAAUAUGACAUUAGAUUUUUCUGCCCAGAAGAAACACAAGUCAAAUAUAUAUUGAUGGGCCUAAUUUUCCUGUUUUUCUUUUAUCUGGCAAAGCACUUCAUGUACAAAGUUUAAUUGAAUUUUGUUUUUUAGACUUGUUCACUGCGUUUUUAUGUAUUUGGCCCUUCAGGAGACUCCUAGAGUAAAUCAGAAUGUACAGCCUGGUUCACUUUUUCUUUAUAGGAGUAUUUUUCUGUGAUCUGCCCCAGAGUCAUAAAGUGUGCUGCUGUUGUGAACUUUUUAACACAUACUGGAAACCUAACUGAGCCAUGUCAGCUGACCUCAGUUUUUCCUUCUUUUUGUCUUUUGGCCUUCGUUUGUUCCAUGAUGCUCUGUCA